GCGGUCCUGCUGACGUCUCGGUUUCUGAGGUAAGUAUACUAGCUAGGGAAAUGGCUCAGUAAACUGCUAGAUAAUCUGUUAUCAUCAUCUUAUUUACAUACAUGUGGCAAUAUUUUAUAGUAAAUGUUUUAUAUCCAAUGUAAGAAAGCUAUCUAUGCCAACUUCAUUCAUAUAUUUGUUUAUGAUGAUGCGCCUAUGGUAUCUGGCCAGCGCACGCUGCCUCGCUAGAAGCCACAAUGUGACAUUUUUGUUGCUAGUAUGUUUUAUUUGCUAGGCAUCCGACAAAACGUCAUAGUAAUUUUCUCGGACAUGUCGUUUACAUUUUUAUUCAGCAACGACACCUAUUCAUGUCAAAUACAUGAAGCACAUCAUGGGUGUCUUGCACAGUGCCGCGUGGGUCUCAGUUUUCAAACAUCAUAUUGGAGUAUAACAGUUGCCCGUUUUUUUCCCUUAUAGAUAUGUGAACAAUGAUCGUACAUUUGUUGGGAUUAAUAGCACGACUUUCAGAUACGAAACUAUGUCAAGGGAGUUGACAGAGAUUACUCUCGGUCAGACACGGAUAUGGCUUCACUCACUGGAUAAUUUUUUUUUUAAAAGUAUAUUUUAUAGAUGUCCAUCUCAAAGGCAUGUAACAUUUCCCAAUUGUAUACAACUAAUGAACGUUUGAACAAACUAUAUGAUGUGGGUUAUAUACAAGUUUAUAUAUGGGUUAUAUAUACACCACACGUGAUGGUGAUAUGAUGAUAUGGUUUAUUCACCAAGAACAAAAUGUAAUAUCGAUAAAUUUAUUUGCAGUACCAGUCCUAAUAACAGGAGAGAAAAUGAAUGCAAAGUCUGGUGGGCACACUUCAAAUCAGUCAUCACCCUAAAUUGUUUUGAUCGGGUGUUUGUGUUACAAUUCGUACUGAUGUUUGAUGUAGACUUGUGUUUAAAGGCUUGAGCUACAGUACAAGGCUUGUAUUGCUAGUUUUGUAUAUUUCUGGCAUGUGUUUUUAUAGACACAGCAGUAGCAUUGAUUAUCCUUUCUUACAACACAGCCUUGCUAUGAGUCUUGGUCACGUUUCAUGCGUCACACAGUAUUCUUCAGUGUGUGAAAGGUCAUUGACAUCACCUCAAGGUGAAUGUAUUUACCAAUUACAUGCUUUUACGCAGUGGUGUAAAGUACCUAAGUAAGUCUUGUCCUGUUGUCCCCUCUAUGACUGUAGAAAGGAAUCUCAUCACUUCCUGUCCAAUACAAUCUCCUAUUGGAUUAGAGCAGUUGUGGGUGGAAGCAGGAGAAUGUAUGUUAGCUCUGAGUGCAGCUGAGUUUACCAAAGAGCUGAGACUAGGGGUGAAGAAUCUACAGUCGUUUUGUGUACAAUAAACAUUGUCUGGACUAGGCUAUUUGUUCAGGAAAAGAGGAAGACCUGUGUUUUGUUAGCUUUCCUUAGAACAGUAGGUAAGGUAACCAAUUUCUUCUCUUGUUCAUUCUCUCAAAAGGGUUGCAUUGUUUCGGGCUGCUCUUCACCGGUGUAGUGUUUUUCAGAAGUGUGUGCAUGUGGUCUUUCCUCUGCCAAAUGCAUGAUGCUCUCCCACAAUUCUGAUUCUGUUUCAAGGGCUGAUAUACCUGAUACCUGCCUUUUUCUAAUGCAUAUUUGAAAGUGGUAGGAAGAUAUUUUUUCUCUCACUGAAUAAAAAUAUUGAUUGAAGAAGGAAUUUGUCCUGGCUAAUUCCUUUCGGAGUUGUUAUGCCUAAGUGUUGUUGUGCCUAUGUAGUAAAUGGAAUUAGGCAGAUCAGUGGCACAUGAGCACGAUAAGCACUUGAGCCUUCAUUAGUACAUCAACAGGGACUGUCUGGAGGGAUGUCAAGUGACAAGCAUUUCAUCAUCAGGGCAACAUAGCAGAUCAUGAUGCAAGCAUUACAACAUGAAAAAUUGUACAAGUUCUGAUUCUGUCGAGGCAUGCUCAGCUGCUAGUUACAGUAGCAGCAGUAAGAUCAAUUCGAUAACCUUUUCAAUGGAAUGUAGGUCUUUUGACACUGUUCCUCUGAUGUCAAGCUGACCUCCAUUAGGCUACAUUGUGGCUCUCAUUGUAUUAUAUGGUUUGAUAUGGUUUGGUCUAAAUGUUUUACUGAAUAGUGGAUAUAAAGAAGAAGAUGGACUUGAGGAUAGGGCUCAACUCUUUAUUUUCUUUGUUCAGGGCUUAAGAUACAAUUUUUGUUUAGGCUUGGAUAAAGUCGUGAAUAACAUUCUGUGACACUUUUACACUUUCUAGUGUGCUGGUAUUGCUCUUGCCAGUUGCCAUCUUAGAAUCUUACGCAAUGAAAUAAUGUGCUUACAUGGCUUACAUGGAACCUGCUUUCGAUAUACUUGUAUUUCCUUUAUUUUGGCAGUUACCUUUAGGUCCAAAGGGUUGCCAAGUGGCACCAGACAUUUGGUGAAAGUAAAAGCAAAAUAAGAAAGUAAAUGAAUGCAUUACUGAUAUUACUUACAUGUUUAAAAUAUUUUACUAGUAAAAGGUUAAGGUUUCAUGUAGGCUAUGCUGUCUAUCUCCCAUUUAACUUAACCUAGCCUAACCUCUUUGGCUUUAUAACCAUUCUGCUGAGCUCUGUCUUCUUUGUAUUUCAGUCUUUUCAUUUAGGCCUAAGUCAUUCUCAAGGGGUAUUUUCCUAGGGUAGGCCUAGUGGUUAACACGUUGUGCCAGUAACCGAAAGGUUGCUAUUUCAAAUCCCACAUCCGAUAAGGUGGAAAAUCUGUCGAUAUGCCUUUGAACAAGGCACCUAACCCUAAUUGCUCCAGGGUCGCCGUUGAUAAUGGCAUACCCUGGCAGUGGCCCCAACCUCUCAGGGAGAGUUGGGAUAUGCAAAAACACAUUUCCAAUUCACACGUGUAUAAUAGGGCAAAUAUAAGCACCCAAAUUGUUAUUAAUAUUAUUAUUUAUUUAUUAAAAACUUGUUGCUUAUUCUGAUUAUUCUAUCUUAUAAUUGUUUCUCCGUCUUAACCAAGGCACCACCAAUUGGCAUAAAUAAAUACAGGUGUUCAUUCAGCUUUUUAAAACACUGACCUAACAUUCUUCCAGUGCUAGGAAAUGAUUGCACACUGCAAGCAUCAAUUAUAGAUAAGGUAAAAGAUUGUCAAAUCUUAAGUAACAUUGACCAAACAUGGGCCUAGAUGUUUGUGUACAGCUGCAUCAGCCAUUGCAGUGCUCCAUUGAAACUCAGCUAUUUUGUCCAGCAAUACAAAAACUAUAAUGAUAUAUAUAAAAUGCAGAUAGGUUUUGAUGCAUUGGAAUAUAUGCUUUGACAUGAAACGCAUUCAAAACAAAUAGUCAUUCAGUGUGGCUUGUCUAUAAAUUAGAUUUUGCAUUAUAAACAGUGCAUACUUGUGGCUACUGGCUAGCUCCUAGCUGUAGUGCUUCAAUAUGACUAACAUGCUUCUCUCUCUCUCCAACUCUCUCUUUCUAUCCAUUUUUUUUCUUCUUCCCCUAUGCUGAACAAUUCUCGACCAAUCACCCUUCUGUCUAUAGAGCUAGCAUCACAGACCUCUUGUGUCAAGCCUUUCCAUUGAGUCGUCUGGGUGCAUGUGCUGCUACCUGGCCCAUCUGUAAUUACUGUACUGCCACCUGCCGUGGCAAUCUUUCCACGACCUGAGAGCUGAACCGUCUGAACUCUCCUUGAAGCAGACACUUCUGCCUCGAGUCUCUCUUUCUCUCCACUUCUGCCUCACCUUCAACCAUGAUGUUCAAAGUUGACAUGCAUUACAUAGUCUUCUUGCCUGUGUACCUGUUGAUGUGGCUGUACACUCUCAUCACGUUUAUCCCAUGGUAUUUCCUCACUGAUGCUGGGAAGAAGAAAGCCAUGGCCAAGAGAGAGAAAGCCAAGUCCACCACAGGCAAAGCAGAGGGCCCCUAUCGUUGUGUGGAGAACUUUGACAACCUGGCCCGGGAGGACUUUGAGGGAAAGGACACUCUAGACAAGCUGUUUGAGCAUGCAGUGCAGCGCUUCGGCAACACAGACUGCCUGGGUACCAGGGAGCUCCUAAAUGAGGAGAACGAGACGCAACCCAGCGGCAAGAUCUUUAAGAAGCUGAUCCUGGGGGAGUACAGGUGGCUGUCCUAUGAUGAGGUGGACCAGAUCAUCAGCCAUCUAGGUAGUGGACUGGCAGCCCUGGGCCAGCAGCCCAAGAGUACCAUCGCCAUCUUUUGUGAGACACGGGCAGAGUGGAUGAUCACUGCACAGGCCUGCUUCAGACGCAACUUUCCAUUGGUCACGCUGUAUGCCACCCUGGGGGAGGAAGCGGUGGCCUUUGGGCUUAAUGAGUGUGGGGCCACACACCUGAUCACCAGCGCAGAGCUACUGGAGACUAAACUCAAGAAUGUUUUGCCAGAUAUGCUCAACCUGAAGCACGUUAUAUAUGUGGACAACAAGAGCAUCAGCCGGACGGGCUACCCUGAGGGCAUUCAGAUCUACAGCAUGCAGGCAGUACAGGAGUUGGGAGCCAAACCUGACAACUUGAGUGUAGCUGUGCAGCGCCCCCAGCCCACAGAUCUGGCUGUGGUCAUGUACACCAGCGGCUCCACAGGACGACCCAAAGGAGUCAUGAUCAUCCACAGCAACCUGAUCGCUGGCAUGACGGGCCAGUGUGAGAGGAUCCCAGGACUGGGGCCAAAGGAUACCUACAUUGGCUACCUGCCUCUAGCUCAUGUGCUGGAAAUGACUGCUGAAAUCUCAUGUAUGACGUAUGGCUGCAGGAUUGGCUACUCUUCUCCACAAACACUCUCUGACCAGUCUACAAAAAUCAAGAAGGGCAGUAAAGGAGACUGCUCUGUGUUGAGGCCUACUCUGAUGGCAGCUGUACCGGAAAUAAUGGACCGCAUCUACAAGAAUGUGAUGAACAAGGUGCAGGAGAUGAGCUAUGUGCAGAGGACUCUGUUUAAACUGGGCUACAACUACAAACUGGAACAGAUCAAAAUGGGCUACGAUGCCCCACUCUGCAACAUGCUGCUAUUUAAGAAGGUGAAGGCUCUGCUGGGAGGGAACAUCAGGAUGAUGCUGUCAGGAGGAGCGCCCCUGUCCUCCGCCACCCAGCGCUUCAUGAACAUCUGCUUCUGUUGCCCCGUGGGACAGGGCUAUGGCCUCACAGAGACCUGUGGAGCAGGUACCAUCACAGAGGUUGCAGACUACAGCACUGGGAGAGUAGGAGCCCCCCUCAUCUGCUGUGAGGUGAAACUACGAGACUGGGUUGAGGGUGGAUACACCAGCCAGGACCAACCCCACCCCCGUGGAGAGAUCAUGAUUGGUGGGCCCAACGUUACCAUGGGUUACUAUAAGAGCGAGCACCUGAACAAUGACUUCUGGGUAGAUGAGCAGGGCCAGAGGUGGUUUUGUACCGGGGAUGUGGGGGAGAUCCACUCUGAUGGCUGUCUGCAGAUAGUGGACCGUAAGAAGGACCUGGUCAAACUGCAGGCUGGAGAAUAUGUGUCCUUGGGGAAAGUGGAGUCUGCUCUGAAGAACUGCCCCCUUAUUGACAACAUCUGUGCAUAUGCAAACAGUGACCAGAACUACGUGAUAAGCUUUGUGGUACCGAACCAGAAGCAGCUGACAACUCUGGCCAAUAACAACGGCAUAAGUGUUGCCUGGGAGGAGAUAUGUAACCACCCAGCCAUGGAGAAGGAGGUCCUGAAGGCCAUCAAAGAGGUGGCUGCCUCAAUCAAACUGCAGCGUUUUGAGAUCCCAGUGAAAGUGCGUCUAAGCCCAGAGCCCUGGACUCCUGAGACUGGCCUGGUGACAGAUGCAUUCAAAUUGAAGAGGAAGGAGCUGAAGAAUCACUUUCAGACUGAUAUAGAGAGAAUGUACGGAGGGAAGUAGAGCCACCAUCUGAUCUAACCAAAGAACAGUUUCCUUACAACUUUCACCAGUGAUGUGUGUCUGAAUAAUAAUACUAUUUAUUUGUAUUGUGCUUUUCAUAAGCGUUAUCUCAAAGCUCUACAGAAAAAAACCCACUUCAGUGUAAAAAACAUUAGGAACACCUUAAUAUUGAGUUGCACCACGUUUUGCCCUCAGAAUAGUCUCAAUUUGUCAGGGCAUGGACUCUACAAGGUGUUGAAAGUGUUCCACAGGGAUGC